CGCCGGGAGAAAGUACGCAUGCGUUGUUUCCUUGCAUGGCUAGCGUCCUUAUCCUAGCGGCGGCGGGAGCUGCGGUGGCAGCGCUGCUGGCACUGCGGCUCUGGGUAGUGCUCCAUUCUCGGGUCCUGGUGCCCCGUCAGUCUCUCAGUCUCUUGGUGGUGGCUGGGUCCGGUGGGCACACCACUGAGAUCCUGAGGCUGCUUGAGAACCUGUCCAAUGCUUACUCUCCUAGACAUUAUAUCAUUGCUGAUACUGAUGAAAUGAGUGCCCAUAAAAUAAAUUCUUUUGAACUAAAUCGAGCUGAUAGAGACCCCAGUACCAUGCUCCCUGAAUACUACAUUCACCGCAUUCCCAGAAGCCGGGAGGUUCAGCAGUCCUGGCUCUCCACGGUGCUCACCACCCUGUAUUCCAUGUGGCUCUCCUUUCCCCUGACUCACAGAGUGAAGCCAGAUUUGGUGUUGUGUAAUGGACCAGGAACAUGUGUUCCUAUCUGCAUAUCUGCCCUUCUCCUUGGGAUACUGGGGAUAAAGAAAGUGAUCAUUGUCUAUGUUGAAAGCAUCUGCCGAGUAGAACAUCUAUCCCUGUCCGGAAAGAUUCUGUUUCACCUCUCCGAUUACUUCAUUGUUCAGUGGCCAGCUCUUAAGGAGAAGUAUCCCAAGUCUGUAUACCUCGGGCGAAUUGUUUGACAAAUGACAACUUAUUUCUCUAGAAUUUUGCAGUCAAUCGAAUUUAUUAUAAUUGGAGUAGAAAAAACUGCGUGUUUAUUGUAAAAGGUUCUGAAGGUCCUGAGAAUUAUUGGUGGUGAAGAGUAAAAAAUGUGUAAAUAAUCCAGUAAGAAAACGGAAGGUGCUCUUACAAAACAAACAUUAAGGGGCGCCUGGGUGGCUCAGUUGGUUAAGCGUCAGACUCAGGUCAUGAUCUCAGGGUCAUGAGAUCAAGCUCCGUGUCAGGCUCCCGCUCAGUCGGCUUGAGAUUCUCUCUUUCUCCCCCUGUGUCCCUCCCCCCACAUGUGUGCUCUCUCCCUUAAAUAAAGAAAAUCUUUUUUAAAAAUUGAAUUAAAAAUAAAAAUAAAACAAACAUUAAUAAACCAUUAAGUGGUUUAUGCCUCUGUGCACCAAAUUUCUUUUCUUUUGUAUCACUACCUGCAAGUUAUCUUCUAACUUGUUUUAGUAAUAUUUUUCCUACAGCUAAAUAUAGAAUUAGUAUGAUUAGUAACAUUUCCUGUUCUGCAGCCCUUUUUUUUUUUUUUUACAAUAUUCUGCAUUGUAAAAAGAAAAGAAAGAUAUUUCUUAGUUUUGUUCAGAUAUAGCAGGCUCUGUUUCCUGUAUGGAAGCAGUGAAGUCCCUAGUGAAUCCUUUCAGCAUAAAGGAAGCAGUCAUAUUACAUGGGAUUCAUGACAAGUUGCACUCCACAGGCUUCCAGAACCGUGAGCAGAAACCGCUAUCUUUUUUUUGUUCUUCAGUUUUGCUUUGUGAGUCGUUGCCCUCAACCCAGAAGACUUUUUGAAAUCUCUUGUUUAAUCGUUAAAAUAAAUUGAAAGGUGACCACUGUCAUAGUACUAAAAACAUGAGUUUGUUUUUCAGGAAUCCAAACUCUCAAACCAUUUUUUAAAAAUGUUUUAGUAAAUUCACAACGUCGUGGCUGUCGUCGUCCCUGGCAUUUUGAGAUGUUCAGGCUCCGUAGGGCGUAUUUUUACUGAACGUUUAUGUGAGGUCUUGCUGUACGCCAGGUAUUCUUCUAAUCACUUUUCAAGUAUUAACUCAUAGAAUCCUGCUAACAACUCGGUGAGGUAGGGACUGUUACUAUCCCCCUUUUACAGGUGACUUGUCUAAGAUCACAUGACCAGCAAAUGGCAAAGUCGAGAUUCCAGCCCUGGCAGCCUGGCUGGAGAGCAAAGCCUGUUUCACGGGCGUGUGGCCUGAGCCUCACACAGGGACCCGCACUCAGGAGGGCCCUGCACCUGCUUUUGUACCCUGCUAUCACAAAUUUCUUAAUAGAUGUGGAACAAGGGACCUGUGUUUAUUUUGCACUGAUCCCCACAAAUUAUUUUGUUGGUCCUGCUUGAGAAUGUGAGCUGCCCUGUCGACUACCAACAGAAGUACAACCCCGAGUGUGGGGCCGGGCUGGGCGGUCCUCAACAAACAGGAAUUCUGUCCCCUUCCUCUAGGCCCUCUCUUCUAACAGUGAGAAGACCUCUCGUAGUGUUUAAGGUUUUUCUUUUCUCCUCUUAAAUC